AACUCGUGCCAUCUAGUCCCAGAGAUUCGACGUGAACAGGGGUGAACUGUUACAGCUGAUCGGGAAAAUUAAUAUUCCAGACUUGUUGUUGUGAAGUGUCUCAAGACUAGAAAUUUAAAAAACUGGAAAAACAAUUUUCUCGAGUAGUUUUUCUCUUCAUCAAGUGGUAUGAGUCAGGGAGCGUGAUGACACGGUGAUAUUCCGAGAUAAAACACCUCUAUAAAUACAACUUCCAUCCCCCUUCAACCCUCUCCCCUCCUCGCCCCUGAGACCAGUAUUUCCCGGAUAAUUCGGUUUAUGAGUUUGGGAUAAUGAGGCUGCAGAGGUCAUGAGCAUUGGCCGAAUGUUGGCGACUGGGGUGAAACGGCAAAGUGGAAAGAAAGCGGACAGAAAAUACUUUGGAAAGUGGUUGGGUGCUCGGUUCGGUAAUAGAUCAUUCUGUUCAAGGGCGUCUUGCUGCACAAUCAGAUAUACCGUACAAUGGCCAAUGAACACUCUUCUCACAGGACAUCGCUGCCAGUCCGUGGACAAUCUGAGGUGAAUCUGUGCUCGGUUCUGUCGCUGGGCAAGGAGCUCAGCAAGAUCACAAUGCCGGUGAACUUUAACGAACCGCUCUCCUUCCUCCAACGAGUCGCUGAGUACAUGGAGUAUGCCAAAUUACUCAAGUGUGCGGCUGCUGAACCCACACCAGCUGGCAGACUCCAGUACGUGGCUGCCUUUGCUGUGAGUGCUCUGGCAUCAAACUGGGAGAGACUUGGGAAACCUUUUAAUCCAUUACUCGGUGAAACUUACGAACUGGAACGAGAGGACUUCCGAAUAGUUUGCGAACAAGUCUCCCACCACCCACCAGUCUCAGCGUUUCACGCCGAGGGUGAGGACUUUGUCUUCCACGGUAGUAUCCACCCAAAACUCAAGUUUUGGGGUAAAAACAUAGAGGUCCAUCCCAAGGGAAUCGUCACAGUGGAAUUACUCAAGUGGAAGGAGGCGUAUACAUGGCAGAACGUCAACUGCAUACUCCACAAUGUGCUCGUGGGACAAUUGUGGAUGGAACAAUUGGGGGCACUUGAGAUAAAACAGUGCGGUGGUGGCAAUCUCAAGGCAACUUUGUCAUUCAAGAGUGCUGGGUGGAAUGGAAAAGAUUUACAUCGGGUUGAGGGAUUCAUCACUGAUUCCGAAAAGAAACGUCUCGUCUUCCUGUACGGUAAAUGGACAGAGCGUUUGCGCUCGUGUGAGCCGGCACUCUACGAGGACACCCUAGAGAGGAUAAAACGUGAGGCUAAGAGCCCCCAGGGUAGUCCAGGGCAUAAGAAGGUGUUGGCCAAGUUGAACAGCCUCAAGAUCGGGGCGUUCAAACCCUCUCAUCAGGAUGCGAUCGAUGAGUCGAGUACUGACAGUGAGGAUUGUCUUCCGGUUGAUGAAAUCCCAGGUUCUCUGACCCUCUGGGAGGCGACUCCUCGACCCGCCAAUAGCGCAGAUUAUUUCUCAUUCACUCAAUUCGCAAUGUCACUCAACGAAAUGGAUGAGGGAAUGGCGGAUACACUCUGUCCAACGGAUUCACGGCUGAGGCCGGAUAUCAGGAAAUUGGAAAAUGGGGAUCAGGAUGGAGCUGCCACUGAGAAAAUUCGACUCGAAGAGAAACAGAGGGACUCACGCAAAUCGAAAAAGCACAAAAAAGUACCGGGAAAUUUCCCAAGAUGGUUCCAAUCGGCGAUAAAUCCGUACACUGGACUAGAGGACUGGUUGUACAAAGGUGAGUAUUGGGACCGCAAUUACUCCGACAUCGAAGAUAUUUUCUAAGACCCGAAUUCACGGUGUUCGAUAAAUAAAUUAUCAACAUAAAUUGUUGAAUGAAGAUCAUGUACCCUUGCGAGAUGAUCAAUCCGUUGAUUAAUGUAAAAAUUGUGAGUCGAGAAUUGACAAAAGAGGGACAUGAGCAGAAUAAUUGAAGGAUAUGAGGGAAUAUUCGAGUGUGCAAUCACUUUAGAAUCACUGAAAUGAUCUUCGGACUGAAGAAGGAAAGAGCUUUGCACCAGUACCAAAAAAUACAGAAUAAGCUUGAAAAGUUGAUGACAAAUGAGAGAAAAUAACAAAUAAGAAUCAACGUUUCACUAGGAUUCGUCCACGAAAAAUGUCUUAGUUAUCUUGAACACAGGAGUAGACCCCUCAAGAGAAUUGAUGUCUAUAUAAACACGUUCGGAGAGAACGAGAAGUAAAAAAUACAUAAACAAAAUAUAAAGAAAUAAAUAAAACACCUGAUGACAGUGAGGAGCUUGAAAUCGUCUGCGUAAAAAUUGACGAGCGAGUGAGCUCAGAAUACAAAUGAAAAACUGAAUCAUCAAUUAAUAACACGUGCGAAAAAAUAUUAUAAAAAUUCUGCUGAAUUUUUAUUGGAAUUUCACUAUUUCUUAAAUUUAUUUUUCAUUACUGUUUAUCUUAUUUUGUUGGGUUGGGGCUACGCCCCCUGCUCGCUCUGCUCGUCAACCCCCGUAUGACCCCCAUGAUAUUUAUUCUGACCCUUGUGACCCUUAAUCCGACCUUUGCAACCCUUAAUCUGAUCCUUGUGACCCUUAUUUAGACUCUUGUCAUCCUUAUUUGGACCCUUCAUCUGACCCUUGGAUUUUGAACCUUUAUUUUGUCAUGCCUGACCCUUAAUCUGACCCUUAUGACCCCUAUUCUGACCUUCAUCACGCUUAUUUUGUCCCUCCUGAGCCAUAUUUUGACCCUCGUUACCCUUAUGACCCUUAUUCUGACCACCAUGGCCCUUAUUUUGUCCCUUAUGAAUCUUAUUUUGACUCUCAUCACUCUUGUGACCCUUAUUCGGACCCUCAUGACCUAAUUUUGACCUUCAUCACCCUUAUUUUGUCCCUUAUGAAUCUUAUUUUGACUCUCGUCGCUCGUAUGACCCUUAUUAGGAUCCUCAUGGCCCUUAUUUUGGCCCUUUUGACCCUUAUUCUGACCCUCAUGACCAUUAUUUUGACCCUCACGACCCUCAAUUUUCAUCACCAGAAGUCGAUUUGGAUUUUUACAAUAUAAAGAGAUUUAUAGCAAGAAAAUCUUAUAUUAAAAAAUGAUGAAAAAUGUUUAAUAGAAAAAAUAUUACAGAUUUUGAUUUUUCUACCGAAAUUUAUCGACAUAAAUUUUAUUUAAAAUUUCUUGAUUUCUUCUGGAAAAUAUUUUUGAAAAACGAGCAAAAUUUCUGGGGAAGGCCAAUAAAAUUCCGUGCGUUUGACGUUUCUAUAAUAUUUUUCCGUACCUGAAGUAAAAAUAAAUUGAUUAGUACACCAUGAUACUGUUUGUCAAUUGUGUAGUUUCAUUAAAAUGAAAAAAUUAAUUCAAUUAGGGAAAAAAGGAAACAACAGUAGAGGAAUGAGGAAAAAUAGAAGUACAAAUGUGAGAAAAGGGAACUGAAAAAUUCUAUUUUGAUCGUAUUGUACAUACGCGCAGUCAUCCAAAGGUGAGAUUAUCCUAGUCACUGUGGAAUUUUCCCCUGAUUGUGAGUAAUGAGAAGAGGACGAGUGAUUGGAAGAGUGGGAAAACGAGUGAGUGGCGUCAACUGAAUUCUGAAUUUUGUCCAGUUGCGACGGAACGAAAGACUCAAAAUUGCUCCUGCGCCCUAUUUUUAUAACAAUCAAUGUUCUACAUAUUUCGGGUGUACGAUUUUAGUGCAAGUCUGGAGGUGAAUGGAAUGAAAUUGUGAGCGCAGAAAUUGAGAGAAGAGUCGAUCUGAUAUUGUGAAAUUAAUUCUUUGCGGAAAUGUUUUAUCUCUUGAGGAUAAAUCGCUUGGGACAAGCACUUGGUGGAGACUUCACCAGGUGAACAUGAAUGUUUCGCAGAAACGUGACGAUUUCAAAAACCUCAAGUCAAAAUUUUCGAAAUUGUAAAUUUGAAGUCACAAGUCUCAAAAUGAAGCUUUUUUGUGUUCCUUUCAUGUUCACACAUUUGUCUAUCAAAAUUGUCCCCAUAAAAAUUUUUGCGAUCUCUCUCAAAUUUCCAGAUGUCAUUCAAAAAUUGAUCUUCAAGUGAAACCAAUAAAUCACCAAGAAUGAAAAAAAAAUUGACUUCUCGUUGAAAAUUGCGUCGAAACUGUGAAAUUAUCUCUUCACUUCAUUCACCGCCAGCAUUAGGGCUUCCGCUCGACUGAAAUACUUGUACAUAAAAAUCUUGAGAAAAAAAAAAUUACUAGAAUGAAGACAAAAAUGUCUCCUGUAAUUCCACAGAUGAGUCUGACUUCAGUAAUUUAUUUUCCACUCAGUUUAUGCUUUGACUAAGUAGUGAAAUUAUAUAAAAUAAUCCAGAAAAAUUCUUGGCUAGAAAGAUAAAUAAAAGCAAAGUAAUAGACGAAAUCCGUAGUAGAACGACUGCUUCCACUGUAAAAAAUAUGCUUCAAACCUGAGACUUGAAAUACAACCUCUUGCAUUUGAUACUCUUUGUGCCAAUCAAGUGAAAUACACUGUUGCAGCUUUCUUACGAUCACGAACACAAAUAUCCAACCAAUGAAUAAAAACAAUGUAAUAGGAGUAGUGUAAUCGUUUCGAGGUGAGUUGCUGCGCUUUCAGAAAAAUUAAGGGAAAAAUAAGUUUUUUAUGCUCAGCCGAAGCGGGGAAAAUUCAUUGCCUACUGAGGAAAUAAUAUCAAUUUUGAUUUCUUCGUUGAGCCUGAUCGAUGCAGCGCGAGUGUUUUUCUUUUGUUGAAAUAGCGGUCAUUGUUGUAAUGAAGUAAAAUGUUGAGAUUCUAUUUGUAAUUCUGUUGCCUAUAUGAAGUCAUAUUUAGUUGUGUAUAGAGUUGAGUGAGAAUUUAGAAAUAAAUGUUAUUAUGAAAUAUA